AUGCUCGCCCUUCAGCCGUUCGUCUCACUCUAUCGCACAGUGCUCGCCCCUAUCGCGCCACUCGCCUGGCUAGGGCUGCCAGUGAGCACUCUGGAUGUCGUAGCGGCCGUCCGACUGUGUGUGGCCCUCCGUCAGCUCCGUGAAGGGGCUCAUCGCGACCACAUCACCGCCCGGGCACGUAUAACUGAGAAGGACGGGCAGGGAGUCCGCACACUGGUCGAGCCCGAGGAGCGGUCUUUCGUUCGGGAUCUCGCUACCACCCUCACCGUCGUAUACGGCGGUGAAGCACUCGCAUACCCUCUGCUCGGCCUCACACCUUCAUUCAUGCUCUCGGGCGUCGGUGUCGCCCUCUACGCGGCAGCGCAGGCCGUUGUCGAAGUUGUGCCCGCCCUUCCCCAAAUGUCUCUCCAGACCGAGUUCCCGCUCUCAUUUGUCGACGGAUUCACUCGCGCCAUACUCCUCUGCACCCUCAUUCCUCCAGCUAUAGUUGGCAACCCGCAGCCCGCUAUCUCCAACUCCCCGUGGGCGCUCGCGCUUUCAUCCCUCAUCAUCGCGAACGGCGGCUUCUUCAUCACUAACCUCGUCUCAUUCCUCCACCCCACCCCGCUCGCCCUCACAACUCCUCCCGAGCUUCGCCCUUACGGGUGGACGACGACGGACCUCUGGGCCGCUCCCCUCAUCACAUCCAUUUACGCGCUUCUCACGCACGCGCAGCCCUUCUGGCAGAACGUCCACGCGAUCAUCGGUGGUGCUCUAGAUGCGGACGGCAAACUUGCUCCCGCCCUGGACGACGAGGGUGCCCGUGCCGCGUGCGCGCUUUUGUUGGCGACCAUGUUUACCGUUAGGACGGUUCGUAACUUCGGAGCUGUCUCUAAAGACGUUCGCGAGAAGAUUAAGACUCAGUAA